GCCCGAGGGCGGGGAGAGAGAGAAGAUCUGAGUAGGGACCGUUCUGCUGGCCAAAGCACCCCCUGCGGUGGACCUGGCCUGGACCUCUCGCUUUUCUUGUCCGCUCCCCGCGACUGCACAGCCAGGUAAUGAAGCCGCUCGGAGAGGGACUCUGGGUCUGUUAGGCGGACACACAAACCCGGAAAAGCGCGCGGCACCCAUCAGAGUUAGAUCCCGCCGGACCCGCGACCCCGGGCUGGCGCGGCCGGCAUGUCGGAUGCGCGGAAGGGGCCGGACGAGGCGGACGAUAGCCAGUGCGACUCCGGCAUAGAGUCGCUGCGCUCCCUGCGCUCCCUGCCCGAGCCUACUGCGGCCCCAGUCUCCGGAUCAUCGCACAGCAGCUGCCCACAGCCUUGGAGCCAUGCUCCAGAGACAGACAAGGAACCAGAGAAAGAAGAUGCGGAUGGAGAGCGAGCGGACUCCACCUAUGCCUCCUCGUCUCUCACUGAGUCCUUCCCCUUACUGGAGAGACCUGAAGCCAAGGAUCCAAGCCCUCCAGCCCCAGGAUCGCCGCUGCCCCCCGCAGGGGUGCUGAGCCCACAGCAACUCGAGGCGCUCACGUACAUCUCUGAGGAUGGAGACACGCUGCUCCACCUGGCAGUAAUUCACGAAGCCCCGUCCAUGCUAUUCUGUUGCUUGGCUUUCCUGCCCCAGGAAGUCCUGGACAUUCAGAACAACCUUUACCAGACAGCACUGCAUCUGGCUGUUCAUCUGGAUCAGCCGGAUAUCGUCCGGGCACUGGUGCUGAAGGGGGCAAGCCGAAUUCUGCAAGACCAACAUGGUGACACAGCCCUGCAUGUAGCCUGUCAGCGCCAGAAUCUGGCCUGUGCGUGCUGCCUGCUGGAGGAGCAGCCAGAGCCAGGCAGACAGGCUUCUCCUCCCCUGGACCUCCAGCUGAAGAACUGGCAAGGUCUGGCCUGUCUCCACAUCGCCACUUUGCAGAGGAACCAACCACUCAUAGAACUGCUGCUUCAGAAUGGAGCCGACAUCGAUGUACAGGAGGGCACCAGUGGAAAGACUGCCCUGCACCUGGCUGUGGAAACCCAGGAGCGCAGCCUGGUGCAGUUCCUGCUCCAGGCUGGUGCCCGGGUAGAUGCCCGCAUGCUUAACGGGUGUACACCUUUGCACCUGGCAGCUGGCCGGGGCCUCAGCAGCAUCUCAUCCACUCUGUGUGAGGCUGGCGCCGACUCCCUGCUGCUGAAUGUAGAAGACGAGACACCCCAGGACCUGGCUGAGGAUCUCCUUUCUUAUUUGCCCUUCGAUGACCUGAAAAUCUCCGGCAAGCCAUUGCUAUGUACUGACUGAAGCUAGGUUGGGCCCCCACCUCUUCCCACCUGCAAGCUGGAGCCGCAGCUGCUACAGUUGGGACCCAAGCCAUGUCGCCCCUCUGCUGAUUAGUCCUGGGGCUAACAUAGUCCUAAAAUGAGAUGAAGGACUGCAGAUGAAGAAGAGCAGAUCUGGAAGGAAGAACUUCCCAGGUGGUCUGGACAGAGAUUCUUGAAAGACUCUCAAAGCCACUGGUAUUCUGAAGGAAUCCUGAAGAUGACAUGGACUGAAAUUGCCAGCCACCGGGAAAACAGGGACAAGCAAACUGACCCCUGAGGGGUCUUACCUAAAAUACCUUUGUGAGUGUGUUUGGCACUGGGGCCUGAACCUAGAGCCUCCCCAGCAGUAGGCAAGCUUACUAUCACGGAGCUGUGUCCCCAGCCCUCUUUUCAUUUUUUUUAUUUUGUGGUAAGAUCUCACUGAGUUGCCUGAGAUGGCCUGGACUCUGUAGCCCAAGCAGUCAUCUUUGAACUGGGAUCCUUCUGUCUCAGCCUCUUGAGUAGCUGAGAUUAUAGGUCUGGUGGCAGUGGGCCUCCGCAAAGUUAUCUAAAGACUUCAUACAUAAGGCUCCCAACUGAACCUUUGUGUUUAUUCUAAUAUGACACUAAAAUGGAAGAGAGAGGCUUUAAAAAAAAAAUCAGUGUUUCGCUUCUACAGUUGUGUGAACAGGCAGGCGUGCGUGACCUGUGACUCCCAGGUAAAGGCAGAUUGAAGGAAACAGGCCCCCGAACAAGCAUAGGGCCUUGCUGGGUAUGGUAGAAGGCCUGAUCGGUUCUGGCCAGCACAGACACAUCUCCUUCCUGCGGGAAUACCCAGGGUUGGAGAGUGAAAAGGAAUAAUGUGGAGACAUGUGUCCCUGGAAAAGCUUGGGGACGUUAAUCACAAGAGACCUGAAACUUGACUUUUUUACCCCUUCGAUUCCACACACUGAGGGCCCUGCUAGGUCAAGCCUGUGACUAGCAUGAAGAAGGAGAAGAAAUAAACCAAUAUAGUUUCCGAUGCUUAGCGCUUAUAAGCAUCAGAAGAUGAGUGGGUGAGACAGAUAUUAAAAGCAUAAACAACUAAA